GAUUUUUUAACACUUUAUAUAAAUAAUUCAUAUUUUAUUUAAAAAGAUAUAUAUAGGGUAGGAGAAGGGGAAGUUGAUAUUUUGAUUAUUGUGGUUCCGGCGAAGUACAGCAACGAAACCGACCACGGGGGUCGCACGCGGAGUACCGAUACGCGUGUACAGUGCGUUCGGAUACUAGAAAUAACUAUUUUUUUAAACCUUACCCGAUUGCAUUUGCGAUUGAAUCGGAAUCCUACGAGAAAUAUCGCGUGCUUUGUGUCAUACAUUGAAUAACGACACUACUUGGGUGUGCCGAAACAUUGAUAAAUAUGGCGAACAGUAUAGCACCAGAUUCAUGGGAACAGCAGGCAGACAACGGAGACAUCGCGCCCGCUCAGGAUAAAUCCAUCGAGAGCAAAUUUUCAACUUUAAACGUGAAUGCUGCGGAAUUCGUGCCUUCUUUCUGCAUAAAUUCUUCAACGCAGAAUAGUUCCACAGCAGUCAGUCCUUGUACUGUGACUGCUGUGCUAAACACCACUGUUACUACAUCUAUUCCUUCUGAAAUACAUCAUGGAAAUUCUACUCCUACGAUUCUACCUGAUCCAAUUGGCAGUAGAGUGGAGGAACCACCUGCUGGAGGAGGGGCACCACCUCCAAAUGUUACGGAUCAAAUAAAUACAAGUCCUGAACAUCAACCUGCGGAUUCUUGGGAAGAAGCAGCCGUAGAUGGUGAUCCUUUGUUAACUCCAGAAAAUGAAGAAGCUGAUAAUGAGGAAGAUGAAGAAAUGGUUGUUAAAAUACCUAAAAAAAAGCCAGUUAAAGUUGCAGAAGACACUAAGAGCAAAAAAGAACAUGUCAAUGUUGUUUUUAUAGGUCACGUAGAUGCAGGAAAAUCUACAAUUGGUGGUCAGAUUAUGGCGCUUACGGGAAUGGUGGAUAAACGUACUUUAGAAAAAUAUGAAAGAGAAGCGAAAGAACGAAGCAGAGAAACGUGGUACUUAAGUUGGGCUUUGGAUACGAAUCAAGAGGAAAGAGAGAAGGGAAAAACAGUAGAAGUUGGUAGAGCGUACUUCGAAACCGAAAGAAAACAUUUUACAAUAUUAGAUGCUCCUGGACAUAAAAGCUUUGUACCCAAUAUGAUUGGUGGAGCGGCGCAAGCUGAUUUAGCAGUUUUAGUUAUAUCUGCAAGAAAAGGUGAAUUUGAAACAGGUUUUGACAGAGGUGGUCAAACGCGAGAACAUGCUAUGUUGGCUAAAACUGCAGGAGUUAAACACUUGGUUGUAUUAGUUAAUAAGAUGGAUGACCCAACAGUAGAAUGGGAUGAGGGAAGAUAUAAUGAAUGCAGAGAUAAGAUACUGCCAUAUCUACGGAAGUUAGGCUUUAAUCCUGCAAAGGAUCUUACAUUUAUGCCAGUAUCUGGUCAACUUGGUAUUGGUCUUAAGGAUCCUAUACCUGAACAUUUAUGUAAUUGGUACAGCGGUCCUCCAUUCAUACCUUUUAUUGAUUCCUUACCUUCGCUUAAUCGUAAAAGUAAUGGGCCCUUUAUUAUGCCAAUUGUUGAUAAAUAUAAAGAUAUGGGAACAGUUGUUAUGGGAAAAGUUGAAGCUGGAGAAGCCAAGAAAGGCCAGUCGCUAUUGGUUAUGCCGAAUAGGACGGCAGUAACAGUUGAUCAAUUAUGGUCAGAUGAUGAAGAAGUUACGUCGGUUGGACCUGGAGAAAAUGUUAAAAUCAAAUUGAAAGGCAUUGAAGAAGAAGACGUGAGCCCCGGAUUUGUUUUAUGUGACAGUAACAACCCUAUUAAAACCGGAAAAGUUUUUGAUGCUCAAGUUGUUAUUCUGGAACAUAAGAGCAUUAUUUGUGCUGGAUAUAGCGCGGUAAUGCACAUUCAUUGCGCUGCAGAAGAAGUGACAGUGAAGGCGUUGAUCUGUUUGGUAGAUAAGAAAACUGGUGAUAAAAGUAAAACAAGACCAAGGUUCGUUAAGCAAGAUCAAGUGGCAAUUAUGAGAAUUGAAUGUGCAGGAGUUAUAUGUCUGGAAAGAUUCAAAUUAUUUGCCCAAAUGGGAAGAUUUACACUUAGAGAUGAAAAUAAAACAAUUGCCAUCGGUAAGGUGCUGAAAGUGGUGGAAUAAAAUGUUCAUUCAUAAUCACGAAGUAAGGAUGCAAGCCAAACGAUAUGAUACAAGGAAACAAAACCGGCAUAAUGGACUAUUCCCGAAUGUUAGCUAAUGUAACAUACACUCAUUAACGCAAAAGGUUCUGCAUAUGACGGUACACGCGCGUGCAUAUGAACAGAGAUAUGGGCAUCAGGGCUGGGAAAGUAUGACCUAAAUUGGAAAAUAUAUUCCAUCG